AAAAUAGAUUUUUAGGCAUUGAAAUAUCCGGUUUUGGCUUUUGAUGCAGUUAAACAAUCAUUGGUUUUUGCACAGGGCGUUGGUGCUUUGAAGUCCGUGGAUUUUUAGUGAUAUACAGUAUUACAGCUGCAUUUCUGCCAAUCAGUUAUUCCGAACUGAGAAAUCUUCACAGUUAUUAUUUCCACUGAAUUCUUGUUGUUGUGUUGUGCUGACUUCGUGCUACUGAUUCGAUAUUUAGUGCAGCUGAGGGUCGUUUAUCAUGACGGCGUAUGCUACUAGCAUACCUGCCAUAGAUCCCAGUAUGGGACAACUGGUUGAGUUACCAAUCGACCAAGCCGGUACAUAUGUUAUCCAAGAUGCAAGUGGUGCUCAAAUUCAGUUAGGUAGUGUUCAAGGUGGAAAAAGUUUACUGAAACCGGAAUUAGCUCAACACUUGAGCCAGCACGCUGGUGGUUAUAAGGCAAAUGUUGGUCGAGGUGGUUAUACCUUGGCGAAUAAUGAUGCUCGUUGGGUUUCUCUCAAUACGAAUCGUGGAUCACGUAAUGUCACAAGUCGAAAGCCUCUAAGCACAGGCACUCCUGUUGGUCAGACAGGAGGAUUGAGUGGGGUUCAGUCCAAUGUACUGUCGCCAUCAGCUUCAGGACUUCUGUCUCUAGGCACUCGUUAUACUCCAUCUUCUGCAACCGUAUUUGGGACAACAGGAAGUCCAAUGUCUGGUGUAAAUCAAGGAAUGAGUGGAACAGGAGGUACAAUCAUAAAUCCAGCUGUUUCGACAGGCGUUGGUGCAAUGAGUGGAAUAGGUGUGGAUCGAGACUCCAGUUACCGUCUAGCUGCUGCUAUUGCCGGUACUAGUGGUCGAGGUCGGCCAAGAGGUCGUAGGCCUUUAAGAGGUCAAUUUCCCGUUGUUCCAAUCGAUAUGGUUCGACAAUUGGGUAUUGAACAACAAGUUAUUUUACAACCAGCCGCUCCGGUUGCUAUGCGUAAUAAAGCAGUGUUAUGUAGACCACUAUCCAUGUGUCGUAAGACUCAAGCGAAUGCCACAACAGCCUACGAUAGUUUAUCCCAGCAUGGUGUAGCUGUACAAACAGAUAAACCUUCAAGUGUAACGGAACUAAGUAAUAACAAAACAUCUAUUGGUAAAGAGAUUCAAACACAAACUACUGAACAUUUAAUGAAAUCAGACGAAAGUGAUGAUGAUGAAGAUAUGGUGCCAGUGGCUGAGGUUGAAGAUGAUCAGCUAUUGAUUAAGUCUGAUCAACCAAAAUAUAGUUGUGUUGAGACAUCAACUACUGAGGACAUGAUAUCUGUGGACGCAGAAGUUCAAACAGAUCUUGUUGAUCCAGAUGAAUUAAAGAAGAUGCCACUUAUUUUACCUAUUCCUAUCCCAGUUCCAAUCUAUGUACCAUUCCCUGUAUGUUUAUAUGCAAGACCAGUGCCAUAUGCAAUCCCUUAUCCACUACCAUGUCCAAUCCCAAUUCCGCUUGUUUUCGAUGCUGUUUCAUCAGAUGCUUCACUUACUGAAGUUCAUGAGCAGCAGCAGCAGCAGGUCGAUCUUGUGCCUAACAGCAGAGCACUUAUUCAAAAAUCAGGCCAACGUGGUACACAUGAUUCACCAGCAAGUGACAACGAAGUAAACACUCAAGGUGCAGAUUCAGAACCUGACCAAUCAACGCGCUAUCCAAGUGCAUUAAAGAUGUCAACUGAUGAAAGAGUUGCAGAAAUUGCGGAAGAGCAUGAAGGUGGCGAUUGUGAUGCAGCUGAAAAUACAUCUUAUCUUAAACGUCGUGCGCCAGAAGAAUCGUCGUCCUCAGAUUCAUGGACUUCAGAAUCAACUGGUAUGCAUCCUAUGGAACAUACUAAUCCAUCAUUUCGUCAACAGCAUCGGACAACAUCAAUGAGUGAUUCGUCCAGUGAAGGUCGUACAAGUAAUCGUUCACAUCCUCCGGCUAAACGACCACGUCAAACAUUAUUAACACCCGUACUUACAUCCGAUGCUAAUUAUCAUUUGAAAUUCUCUUAUGGUAUUAAUGCCUGGCGUCAUUGGGUACAACAAAGAUCAGCGUGUUCAUCAACUGAUAAAACUAGAUCUACAGCAGCAAUGCAACAGUAUUCACAUUUAUACGCGGAUUUGUUAAAUAUGAGUGAUGAAGAUCUAAACAUUGCAUUGAGUCAAUUUGUUCGUGAAGUUCGAAAGCCAAAUAAUGAAUGUUAUGUUGCUGAUUCCAUUUUUUAUUUAUGUCUUGGUAUCCAAGAGUAUCUGAAUGAAAAUGGGCGUAUUGUAAAUCUAUUUGGAGAUCCUGCGUUUACUGACCUGUCUCAAGCUUUAAAUGAAAUAUUGGCCAAUUUUCAACCACGUAUUAGUCCAGAAGGUCUCCUUAUCUGUCGUAUAGAAGAAGAACAUUUAUGGGAAGCAAAACAGUUAGGUUCACAGUCAGCUGAAAUUUUACUUUUCACCAUGCUAUAUUACAAUACAAAGCAUAUUGGUUUACGCCUUGGGACAAUUCAUCGACAGUUAGCCUUUUCACAAUUUCAAAUAUCUGAAUCAGCCAUUCUUUGUCAUUUACCUGGUCAUAUGCUCGGUGAACCAGAUGAUACCGUUACUACCUUACGUUUAGAUGCAAAUCCUCAACAUCCACAACGAUGUCCUGUUCGGCUAUAUAAGGCUUACUUUUCUCAUUGUCCCACAGAAAUGCUCGAUUCUGACAGUGUCUUCUAUUUGAAUCCACUAUAUCCACCACAAUUGAAUUUAUGGUUCUCUACCGAACCUGUUCAACCGCCUGAACUACAGGUCAUACUUAAUCGGAUCAAAAUGGUGAAAGAGAUUCAAGAGGCAUUUAUGAACAGUCAACCAGAUGGAGGAUUUUAGGUAUAUAUAUACAUAUAUAUCACUGAACUCUGUAUCCUGAUUCUAUUUUUGUUUUCUCAGUCAAUAUACUACGUACCCAGCGAAUUAUUGUACUAACUUUUUUGCAUGACCAACAAGAUAAUUCGACUUGAAAAAAAAUACAUAUAUUUGUUUGUCUCUUUUUCUAAUUCCCAUUGUCAAUUAUACAUGCACCUUUCAUAAUUGCCUCUUUAACUUGUAUAAAUUAAUUGUGAAAAUAAAU